CGGUCAGCAGCAGUAAACGGGAGUGCGGGGCGAGGAAAAACAAAAUGGUGUGCGCUUGUUUUUGACACAAUGUUGCGCUAGAGGCUUCGCGGUACGUGAAAAAGAAAAAUAUUGCGGAAAAAUUGAUCCUCAAGCGGACGUAAUCAUUUGCAAUCGAAAGUGUAAUCCGGGCCGCGUCGGCGUGAUGUGAAUUCAAGUGCGGAGCCGUGAAAUUUCGUGCAAAAAACCCACAAGGUUAAUCAACGCAUCGUCUAUCGUAAUCGUGUGCUAAUUGCUUGAAAAGAAAGUAAACAUUCAACAAAGUAAAGUUCAAACUUUGGGAAGUCGAGAAACCGUGAAUCGACUAGAGGAAAAUUAGACCCAACCUGCCAAUUUAAAGAAAACUCCGUACAGCAGCUGCGGUUGACGCGCCCGCAAAAUGGACGAAGUCAGCGAUCGGCCGCCAUCGGCGGAUCAACCACCGAGCAGCGAGCCCACUCAACCAGUUGAAGAAUCGGCAGCAGAAUCAUCAGCAGCUCCGCCAGUCACAACAGACGAACCGGAUGCUGUUGUUUCUGCUGCAUCGGAGGGGCCGGCACCAGCUACCGAGGAGGAAUCUCAAGAAUCCUCCUCCGUAGCCGGAACGGAUGAGGUCGAGGGACAAGUGGUGGCGGCAGAAGAGCCCCAGAAUGACGCAGCAGAAACACCUACACCUACACCUACAGAGGCGGCACCCCCAGAGGAGGAAGCAAUGGACGUCGAUGAAAAGAAGCAGGAGGAUACCGGUAAAGACGAUGGUGACACUUUCGCGCCAACAUUGGAAGCAGUCCAGGAAAAGGGCGAAAGUCAGUUAGUCGAGUCGGAGGAUGUGGCAGCAACUAGUCGACCGGAGAGUGCAGCCGGUGGAGAAAAGGUAAACGAGAGUGAACUGCUGGAGGAUAUCGAAAUGACAAACGUGGAAGAUAGCGAACACCGCGAAGGUGAUGACGAAGGGGCGGAACCAAUGGACGAGACGGAUAAAUCGCACGAGCAUUCGACGACGCUGGAUCCAUUCGAUCAGGUGAAGCAUGCCGAACAUUCAAAGGAAGAGACGUCGACUCAGAACGAGAGUGGCGUUACGGUGGAUGAGGUGGAUACCACGGGGGUGACUAGUACGGACGCGGAAGAAUCUACACAAGCAAAUGAAUCCUCAGUCGCAAAUGCUGAGGCUGGUGGUGUCGAUGACAGUGUAGCCGAACACGCCGAUGAAACAGUAGCCGAAGAUGGAGUUGACGAGUUGUCGGAGGGAGAAGGUGUAGACGAAAACGUUUGCCUCCUUCCAGAUGACGAACGGGAACUGUCAGAAGCGGAUAAAGAGCGUGCUCGAGCGGCACAAGAAGCAGCCAAUGAGUCAGAAAAGAGUCAGGAUGGAAUGGAUACGGUUGAGGUGGCUGAUGAGGGCAAGCCGGAGGAGACAGCUGAGAAGCAACCAGUUGAAGAAGAGGCAACGAAGGAUAAGGAUCCAGUUGCCGAGGAGCAACCGGCUGAGAAAACGGCAGAUAAGGAACCGUCGACUGAGGAAGCCGAGGUUCGAUUAGAAGCAGGUGCAGAGCAAACGGAUGACGUUGAAGUAGAACAGGAUCAAGCAGCGGAUGCCCCACCGCAGGUGAACGAAAUCCGAGAAGUUCCGGAGCCGAUGGAACAGACCUGCCUGAAGUGUAGCGCGACUAAAGUUUGCGAGUACAGCUUGAUUCAGGAGGACGGCGAGGAAGCCAAGUUCAUCUGUUCUUUCGACUGCGUUCAGUCGAUGAGGAACGAAAAUCCGGGAAGGUACGUGUUGAUCCAGAAGCGGGCAGCGAUUGUGCAGAUCUUCGACUGUGAGGAGACGUGCAACCGGUGCGAGAAGAAGACGAUCUGCAAGUAUCGGUAUCAGAGUGGAAAGAGCGGCGAAGACAACCGAUAUAAGUACCUUUGCGAUAUGAAGUGCGUGGAGCAUCUGACGACGAUCAACGGCGAGAAGUAUGUUCUGAAGAGGAAACGCUAUCUGAUCGAUGAAAAGGCCGAACCGGAGCAGAAGAAAUGCAUUCAGUGUAAUGAUGUCAAGGAAUGCAAGUACUUCUUCCAGCAGGACGAUGAUGAGUUGUUCAUUUGCCAUGAGGAUUGUUUGAAUUUGCUGAUGACAGAGCAUCAGGAUUUGUUCCGACUGAAGCGAAGGUCCGUGCGGGUAAGGGAUUUGCCGAAAAGGGUCCCGAGCGAAUCGGAACAACCGCAGGAAGUUGCAAAGAUGGUGGCGAGGACAGAAGAGGAAGCUGAACAUGCUCGGUUGGAUCGGGAGGCGAGUUUCAUGCGGCGAUGUGCGCAGUGUUUCCAGUUGAUUCAGCUGAACGAAAAAACGCUCCAGUGGGAGACUCUGGACUUUUGUAAUGAAAAAUGUCUGGGAGUUUAUCAGAACUCGGUUGGUUCAAAUUGUGCCAUGUGCAGUAAUGCAGUUUCGGUGACCAGCUUGGGCAAAUACUGCGUCCGUUUUGGAUUCGAUGUGCGGCAGUUCUGUCGGUCCAGCUGUCUGGAUCAGUAUAAAAAGAACCUGAAGGUGUGUUCCUACUGUCAGAGGGACAUCACCGUCGGAGAGCUCGGUUUCCUCGCGCCGGUCGGCGAUAAGGGCCUGUUUAAAGAUUUCUGUACCCAAAUUUGCUUGAAGAAGUACGAGGAAGUGUUGGAUCCUACAAAGCGACAGGUUCCUCACGUAUGCGCCGUCUGCAACCACGAGAAGGUCACCCAGAUCAACGUGAUGCUCGAUAAUCGGGAGCACUUCUUCUGCAGUACUCCGUGCUUUUCGGCAUUUAAAUUCGUCAACAACGUCUGCCCCGAUGAGUGUGCCAUGUGCAAGGUGUUUUUCGAACGGAAAUCCUCCGAUUGCUACACUAUUUUCACUUCGGAUCGCGGUCCCGAGGGUGCUUCUUUCUGUACUAAAAUUUGCAUGAAUCUCUAUAUAAUCACCAGCAGGAAAAUUGUGUCGUGCAAUUGGUGUAAAGUGAAAAAGUACAACUUUGAUAUGAUACAGAAAGUGGUUGGUAAUAUGGCCAUGUGCUCGCUGAACUGUCUUACCCUGUGUGAAGUAUCCGUUAAUGCCCUCUCGAUGAAGCAGAUUCACUGCGAUCACUGCAAGCUGCUGAAGACCCCACAGUAUCACCUGACGAUGAGCGAUGCCAGCGUGCGGAACUUCUGUACCUAUCAGUGCGUGAUGUCGUUCCAGAGUCAGUUCAACAAGACUCCGUUGACGAUCGAUUCCGAGGAACCCAGCAACAGCCCGGUUCCGACGGGUCUACCGAAGCGUGUCAAAAAGUCGGCUACGCUCCCGGCAUCGGCCAUGGCUGCUCCGGCAGUUACUACGCCCAGUGGCCAACCGGCACCGAAAAAACCCGGAAGACCUCCACGUACGGCCGCUGCCGUUGCCAAUGCAGUCAUGUCCUCCGGCGACCUGCCAGUGAUAUCCUCGGUACAGUCGCUGGCCGGGCAUGUUGGCACUGGUAAUCGAUCUACGCGAUCGAAACCUGGCCGACCUCCAAAUAGCUCAAAAAGCUCUACGAUGGAGCUGCCGGAGCUGAGGGUAUCGCUGGAACCGUUGAGCGUACAGUUGAAUACAUCGCUUCAGAAGCGGUACGAACCUCCGGCACCGCCUCCACCGAAGGUGGAACUGAAAACGCAGAUUGUGACUAUUCCACCUACUCCAGUUCCUGUAGCAAAUGCUGGAACUAUGUGUAAACCUAUGCAGCAAUCAAAAGCAGUCAGUUGCAGGCCUGUUCAAUGUAACGUCGAAUGCCAGACUGAGGAGUGGCUUCAAAGGAAAAUUGUGAUUCCCAUUCCGGUUCCAAUAUAUGUCCCAUCCCCCAUGCAUAUGUAUUCUAUCCCAACUCCGAUUCCAGUUCCUUUCCCCCUCCCGAUCCCUGUGCCCGUAUUUAUUCCGACGACGCGCAACUCCGCCAACGGCAUUAUGAAGGAAAUAAAAAAAAUCCAGGACAAGAUGCCCACCGAUCCGUACGAAGCCGAGCUGCUCAUGAUGGCCGAAAUGGUGGCCGGUGACAAGAAAAAAGACGAUGACGAUUCCGACUCGGAUGAUGCCGCAGCCGAAGAGCAGCAGUUCACGGCAAACGACACCAUUGAAAAUAAUACCUCCUUCAACGAAGACCUCGUCCAGAUGGCACUCAAGAUGGCAUCGAACGAUUUCGAAGAACCCGCUGUCGAUCUGGAAUCCGCCAUGCAGGCCAACACGAUUGCCCAGCAACAAGCGGCCGCCGCUGCCCAUCAUGUCUACGGUCACGACGACGGUUCCCAGCAGCAGCUACACCACCAUCAGCUCAUGAUGAUCGAACAGCAAAGGCAAGCCGCCGCUGCCACCGCCGUCGCCCAGCGAGGCGGACGCAAACGAGCACCGGCCACUCCACGGACGAACAACAACAACCGGCAGCAAGUUUCGCCCAACAAGCGCAUCAAACGGGAACAGAUCAGCGAACCCUCGCCCGAACCGCCACGGGAACCGGUCGAGAAACCGGACGCCAAUAUGUGUCUCAAGUACACGUUCGGUGUGAACGCCUGGAAGCAGUGGGUCCUGACCAAGAAUGCCGAUCUCGAGAAGAGCACCAUCCGACGGAAACCGUUCAAGUCGGAAAUCCUGCAGCUAACGGCCGACGAGCUCAACUAUUCGUUGUGUCUGUUUGUGAAGGAAGUUCGGAAGCCAAACGGGACCGAGUACGCUCCCGAUACGAUCUACUAUCUGGUGCUAGGUAUCCAACAGUAUCUAUUCGAGAACGGGCGAAUAGACAACAUCUUUACCGAUCCCUACUACGAACGCUUCACCGAUUGUUUGGAUGAAGUGGCGAAGAAGUUCUCGGUGCUGUACAACGAUUCUCAAUACAUUGUGACUCGCGUGGAAGAGGAACACCUGUGGGAGUGCAAACAGCUGGGCGCACACUCGCCUCACGUUCUACUCAGUACACUGAUGUUCUUCAAUACGAAGCACUUCAACUUGACGACGGUGGAGGAACACAUGGAGCUGAGCUUCUCGCACAUCAUGAAACACUGGAAAAGGAAUCCCAAUCAGGGUGGUGCCAAAAUGCCCGGAUCUCGAAACGUGCUGCUGCGGUUCUACCCACCACAGUCGUCACUAGCCGCCAAUUCAAGGAAAAAGAAAGUCUACGAACAGCAAGAGAACGAGGAGAAUCCCCUGAGGUGUCCGGUUAAGCUGUACGAGUUUUAUCUUUCGAAGUGCCCGGAAAGCGUGAAAACCCGCAACGACGUGUUCUACCUGCAACCGGAACGGUCCUGCGUGCCGGAUUCGCCCGUCUGGUACUCGACGCAAGCGCUCAGCAAGGAUGCCCUCUGCAAAAUGCUGCACCGGGUAAAAAUGGUUAAGGAAAUCAACAUCGCCCUGCUCACCAGCUAAUGAAACGAGUCCCACGAUGACGAGAACAAUGCUAGCUGCAGCAACAGCAGCAGCAUCAACAGCAACCACAACCUAAUCAACACCACGGUUGCCAACUUUUGCUCGAUGAAUCACGUCGCCAAUGCGCUCAGCUCACUUCCCUUCCGCAGCUUGCAGUCGUCGCUCCAGCAGUUGCAGCAGCAUCAUCAAAACCAAUCACAGCAAGGUAGCAAUAGUGGUUCCCAAACGGUGGCCACAUCAACAUCAACAACGACAGGUAAUUCUUCUUCCUCUUCCACUAGUGUGGCCAAUGCGGUGGUGACGGCAUCGGGUCAGCAGCAGCCAGCCAGUUUCAUGGCCAACAACACGACCCAUCCACCUCCGCCACCGGAUUACGAUUACUACUACAAUGACUACUACCGCCGCUGGAGCGGAAUCAUGCACUUCUACAAGUGACAUUUUGCCAUUGCUGUUGGGGAGUACGGUUUUCGGGUUUUGGAAAGGAAAGGUCAACAAAUCUCGUCAAUAAUUUGCCGAAAGAUAACAGUUCGAUCUUGGUCGUAGGAGACAGUUCAAAGGUUUUCAAUAAUGAUCCAAAUUCGUGUGCAAAGCACCAUCCUCCCCCACUCUGCUACGCAAUCGAACAGAACCCCCUAAUUGCGACUCAAGUUUAUAUUUUUUUUUUGUUUGUUACUCGAUUCAAAGUCAAUUUUAAUUUUAGUCCGCACCAUGAAGCGAGAAUUUUCGUUUUCUAAUAUAAUCGCGAUUUUAAGAUUAAGUGAUAGUAGUCUUUUCCAUAAUUUCUCUUUCCUGGAUAGCGCAGGACGGCGAGUAGUGUGUGAACGAGGGGAAUGUCUAUGUAAAUAUUACUUUAAUUAUGCUUGGAUUCGACAGUGACUUUGCUAAGAAUCAGUAGAAGUACAUACACAUAGUUUUAAUAGAGAGCUACUAACCCACAAAACAGAAGAGAAAAUACACAAACACAUUGGAAAUAAUCCCGUUAGUAUGCGUCUACUAAUUUAGAAGCGCAACAUGAGAUAGCACACAUUUUACUGUUAGAACUAUCAUGGGAGAUCGGCUGAUUCCAUCAUAUUGUAAGUUAAAGCAAAGCGUUGAACAUAAUUCGAUGGUUCCUUCGCCUUCUCCCUCCUUCUGAUCCGGAUUUCAUUUUGCCAGUUUAGGAUGAACAGUCAGGGAAUGUGCAGAAAUUGGUAACUGAUGCUUGAAUAUCACAUAGUAAGCAGUUAGCUCCACAUGGUCACAGCGGUAAAGGAAAGAGAGAAGAAUAUUUUUUCAUUGUAAAAUACUACCGAUAAGGAUAAAUACAGAAGAUACACACACACACUUACAAACAAUGAUAAGCUAAAUAUAAACUCUAUUCGUCAGAAUCAGAAAGUAAACAGAUUAGAAAUAAAGAAGAAUGGAA